AUGGAUGAUAGGAUCAGCACAUUACCGGACACAGUUCUCUUCCACAUUUUGUCUUUUCUGCCAAUCGACGAAAUUGUAGCCACAAGUGUUCUCUCCAAAAGGUAUCUCUCGGAGCUUCUUUCUGGGUGUCCAGUUCUUGAUGAUUUGGAAGCAGUUGAUUUGUAUUUUGAUAACUGUCAUGGACAUGACAAAAAACUACAUUCUAGAAGGGUUUUUGCGCUUAAAGGUACUGAAAAUGUGAUUUACAUCUUUCUAUUUUUCAUUUUCAAGGAAAAUGGGAUCUCUGAUAUUUUGAUAUUAUCACUCUUGCAGAUGAAUGGUGUGCAUUGGCUUGAUAUAAUAGAAGUGCUCCAGCAUUGUCCCAAGUUUCAAAUUCUCGCCCUUCAUCAGGAAUUUGUACACCGUCAUGGACAGGAAGUUGAUUGCUCAUGCCCACUUUCUGUUCCUGAAUCCAUUUCAUUGAAUCUUAAAACUUGUUGUCUCACUAAUUACAAAGGCUCGAAAGGUGAGGUUCGAUUUGUAAGAUAUGUAAUGCAAAAUGCAAGGCUUUUACGGUCCAUGACAAUCUCUGUUGUCGAAGCUGUCAAACUAGAGGAAAAGCUUGAGAUGAUAACAAAAUUAUCUUUGUGCACAAGGCUCUCUGCAACAUGUGAACUUGCAUUCAAAUGA